AUCUAGACAGAUACAGCUCCUUGCUAUCAGCAGGUCCCUGGUAGAGGCAUUUGUCUUAGGGAACUCAUGAGCCUGCUGCCUCCUGGAAGCUUAUUUGGCUCUCUCUUUGUUGCAGUGACUGACAGCAAUGAGCAUCCAACACUCCCAGCUUCCAGAUCCAGAAAAACAGCACUAAAACCCUUCCUUCGGAAUAUCUGUGUUCGCUGUGGGAGGAUCGUUCCUUGGACCUUCUGGAGCAAAAGUGUUAGUGCACAAGUGGCGAUGGCCUCGACAACUGUAGUGGUUCCUACAGAGUGGAUCAAGACCUGGGAGAAAUCUGGGAGAGGCGAGUUUUUGCGUUUAUGCAGGAUUCUCAGUGAAAGUAAAAGCCGUGACACUUUGGCUUGUAGAGAUUUCCAGCAAGCACUCUAUGAGUUAUCAUACCAUGUCAUUAAAGGAACUUUAAAGCCUGAACAGGCCUCAAGUGUUCUUAAUGACAUCAGUGAAUUUCGAGAAGAUAUUCCAUUUAUUCUUGCUGAUAUAUUCUGCAUAUUAGAUAUUGAGACAAAUUGCCUAGAAGAAAAAAGCAAGAGAGAUCAUUUUACACAACUGAUAUUAGCAUGUUUAUAUUUAGUUUCAGACACAGUUCUGAAGGAACGCUUGGAUCCAGAAACAUUGGAAUCAUUAGGCCUUAUCAAACAGUCUCAGCAGUUCAAUCAAAAAUCAGUUAAGAUCAAAACAAAACUCUUCUACAAACAACAGAAGUUCAAUUUGUUAAGAGAAGAAAAUGAAGGUUAUGCCAAGCUGAUCGUUGAAUUAGGGCAAGAUUUAUCUGGAAGUAUCACUAGUGAUUUAAUCUUAGAAAUUCUCAAAUCUUUAAUAGGAUGCUUUAAUCUAGAUCCCAACAGAGUUUUGGAUAUCAUUUUAGAAGUGUUUGAAUGCAGGCCAGAACACCAUGAUUUCUUUAUAUCUUUAUUACAAGCUUAUAUGAGUAUGUGUGAACCACAGACACUGUGCCACAUUCUUGGGUUCAAAUUCAAGUUUUACCAGGAGCCAAAUGGUGAGACUCCAUCCUCCUUGUAUAGAGCUGCAGCAGUGCUCCUGCAGUUUAACCUUCUCGAUUUGGAUGAUCUCUAUGUGCACCUUCUUCCAGCUGAUAGCUGCAUCAUGAAUGAAUACAAACGAGAAAUUGUGGAAGCUAAGCAAAUUGUUAAAAAACUUACAAUGGUUGUGUUGCCUUCCGAAAAAAGUGAUGAGCGAGAGAAAGAAAAGAAAAAAGAUGAUAAAGUAGAGAAGGCACCUGACAAUCAAAAACUUGGUUUGUUGGAAGCCUUGUUAAUUAUUGGUGAUUGGCAGCAUGCUCAGAGUAUUAUGGACCGGAUGCCUCCAUACUAUGCCACAUCACAUAAAGUAAUAGCCCUUGCUAUUUGCAAUCUUAUACAUAUAACUAUUGAACCUAUUUACCGACGAGUUGGUGUUCCUAAAGGUGCUAAAGGCUCACCUGUCAGCGCUUUACAAAACAAGAAGGCACCAAAGCAAGCAGAGAGCUUUGAAGACUUAAGGAGAGAUGUUUUCAGCAUGUUCUGUUACCUCGGUCCUCACCUUUCUCAUGAUCCCAUCUUAUUUGCAAAGGUUGUGCGCAUAGGCAAGUCAUUUAUGAAGGAGUUUCAGUCUGAUGGGAAACAAGAAAAUAAAGAGAAAAUGGAAACUAUCCUUAGUUGUUUGCUUAGCGUUACUGACCAGGUGCUACUUCCAUCCCUUUCUUUAAUGGAUUGCAAUGCGUGCAUGUCCGAGGAACUAUGGGGAAUGUUUAAAACAUUCCCUUAUCAGCAUAGAUACCGCUUAUAUGGACAGUGGAAGAAUGAGACUUACAACAGCCAUCCACUUUUAGUGAAAGUUAAAGCUCAUACUAUAGACAGAGCCAAAUACAUCAUGAAGCGUCUAACCAAGGAAAAUGUGAAGCCUUCAGGAAGACAGAUUGGGAAAUUGAGCCACAGUAAUCCAACCAUUUUGUUUGAUUAUAUCUUGUCACAAAUACAGAAGUAUGAUAACUUAAUAACCCCUGUGGUAGACUCAUUAAAAUACCUCACUGCAUUGAAUUAUGAUGUUUUGGCCUACUGUAUCAUUGAAGCACUAGCUAAUCCAGAAAAAGAAAGGAUGAAACAUGAUGACACAACCAUCUCCAAUUGGCUGCAGAGUUUGGCUAGUUUCUGUGGUGCAGUUUUUCGUAAAUACCCAAUUGACCUUGCUGGUCUUCUUCAGUAUGUAGCCAAUCAGUUAAAGGCAGGCAAAAGUUUUGACCUGCUUAUAUUGAAAGAAGUGGUACAAAAAAUGGCAGGUAUAGAAGUUACAGAGGAAAUGACAAUGGAGCAGCUUGAGGCUAUGACAGGCGGGGAGCAACUGAAAGCUGAAGGUGGAUAUUUUGGCCAGAUUAGAAACACUAAAAAAUCCUCUCAGAGGUUAAAGGAUGCACUACUGGACCAUGAUCUUGCCCUUCCUCUUUGUUUGCUCAUGGCACAGCAGAGGAAUGGGGUGAUCUUUCAGGAAGGUGGAGAGAAACAUUUGAAACUUGUAGGAAAGCUAUAUGACCAGUGUCAUGAUACCUUGGUACAGUUCGGUGGAUUUUUAGCAUCAAAUCUAAGCACAGAUGAUUACAUAAAGAGAGUACCUUCAAUCGAUGUUCUUUGUAAUGAAUUUCAUACACCCCAUGAUGCAGCAUUUUUUCUGUCUAGGCCAAUGUAUGCACACCAUAUUUCAUCAAAGUAUGAUGAACUUAAGAAAUCAGAAAAGGGUAGUAAGCAGCAACACAAAGUUCAUAAGUACAUUACAUCAUGUGAGAUGGUGAUGGCUCCUGUUCAUGAAGCAGUAGUCUCAUUACACAUCUCCAAAGUCUGGGAAGAUAUCAGCCCUCAGUUCUACACCACAUUCUGGUCUCUGACCAUGUAUGACCUUGCAGUUCCACAUACCAGCUAUGAACGGGAAGUCAAUAAACUGAAGAUACAGAUGAAAGCAGUUGAUGACAAUCAGGAAAUGCCUCUAAAUAAAAAGAAAAAGGAGAAAGAGCGCUGCACUGCCCUGCAGGACAAGCUUCUUGAAGAAGAAAAGAAACAGAUGGAGCAUGUACAGCGAGUUCUACACAGACUGAAAUUGGAAAAGGACAACUGGCUCUUAGCAAAAUCUACUAAAAAUGAGACCAUCACAAAAUUUCUCCAGUUGUGUAUAUUUCCUCGAUGUAUUUUUUCAGCAAUUGAUUCUGUUUACUGUGCUCAUUUUGUCGAGUUAGUCCAUCAACAGAAGACUCCAAACUUCUCCACACUUCUUUGCUAUGACCGAGUUUUCUCAGACAUAAUUUACAUGGUUGCUAGCUUUACUGAAAAUGAAGCUAGUCGAUAUGGGAGAUUUCUUUGCUGCAUGUUAGAGACUGUGACUAGGUGGCACAGCGACAGAUCCACCUAUGAGAAAGAAUGUGGAAACUAUCCAGGAUUCCUUACUAUAUUACGAGCAACCGGAUUUGAUGGUGGAAAUAAAGCUGAUCAGUUAGAUUAUGAGAAUUUUCGACAUGUUGUACAUAAAUGGCAUUACAAACUAACCAAGGCGUCAGUACAUUGUCUUGAAACAGGCGAAUAUACUCAUAUCAGGAAUAUUUUAAUUGUACUAACAAAAAUACUACCAUGGUACCCCAAGGUUUUAAAUCUGGGUCAGGCUUUGGAAAGAAGAGUGCAUAAAAUCUGCCAAGAAGAGAAAGAAAAGAAACCAGAUCUAUAUGCACUAGCAAUGGUCUACUCUGGGCAGCUGAAAAGUAGAAAGUCAUACAUGAUACCUGAAAAUGAAUUUCAUCACAAAGACCCUCCUCCAAGAAAUGCUGCUACCAGUGUACAACCAAAUGGGCCUUGUAGUGGGCUGCCUUCAUCCAUAGGAAGUACAUCUAAAUUAGAUGAGAGCAGUGCUGAGGAGGCCGACAAGUCACGAGAAAGAUCUCAGUGUGCUGUGAAAGCUGUGAAUAAAGCUUCCAGUGUCAUACCAAAAGGGAAUUUAAGCAAUGGAAAUAGUGGCUCUAACACCAAAGCUGUUAAGGAAAAUGACAAAGAAAAGGGCAAAGAGAAAGAAAAAGAGAAAAAAGAAAAGGCCCCAGCUGUUACUCCAGAGGCUAGGGUACUUGGUAAAGACAGUAAAGAAAAACCCAAGGAAGAACAACCAAAUAAAGAUGAGAAAAUAAGAGAGGCCAAAGAAAGAAUGCCUAAGUCUGAUAAAGACAAGGAAAAAUUAAAGAAGGAAGAAAAGGCUAAAGAUGAGAAAUUUAGGAUCAUCGUCCCCAAUGUAGAAUCGAAAUCCACUCAAGAAAGGGAAAAAGAGAAAGAGCCCUCAAGAGAAAGAGAUUUAGCAAAGGAAAUGAAGUCAAAAGAGAAUGUUAAAGGAGGAGAGAAAGCACCACUUUCUGGUUCCUUGAAAUCACCUGUUUCCCGAACAGAUAUCAUAGAACCGGAAAGAGAAAAACGUCGCAAGGUUGAUUCCCAUCCUUCUCCAUCACAUGCUUCCACAAUAAAGGACAGUCUUGUUAAACUCAAGGAGUCUUCAGCAAAGCUCUAUAUCAACCAUAUUCCACCACCAUUGUGCAAGAGUAAGGAGAGAGAAGCAGACAAGAAAGAUUUGGACAAAUCAAGGGAAAGGUCCAGAGAAAGGGAGAAAAAAGAGGAAAAGGACCGGAAAGAACGGAAAAGAGAUUAUUCAAACAAUGACCGAGAGGCACCCCUGGACUUAAUCAAGAGGCGGAAAGAUGAAAAUGGAAUAUUGGGGGUUUCAAAACACAAAAGCGAAAGUCCCUGUGAGUCUCUUUAUCCAAAUGAGAAAGACAAGGAAAAAAUUAAGUCAAAAUCCUCAGGCAAAGAAAAAAGUGAUUCAUUUAAACCUGAAAAGGUAGACAAAAUAUCCAGUGGGAAGAAGGAGUCUGGACAUGACAAGGAAAAGAUAGAGAAGAAAGAGAAAUGGGACAGCUCUGGAGAUAAGGAAGAGAAGAAACAUCAUAAGUCUUCAGACAAGCACAGAUAAUGAAGACUCAGCCAAAAUAUGGGUAGGCCUCUGAGCUGAAGGUCUCCCAGCUGAGAAUACCAGAGCUCUGUGUGUCACUCUUUAAACACUUAUCUCCCUUAAUUGAGAGCUUCUGGUGCUGUCCAUCUUAUGAGAAUCCUUUAAGUCAGAAGAUGAAUAUGCAUCGUCAUCCUCUUGAGACAUUGCAAAGUCACUGGCUUUCAGAACAUUAUUUUUACCUCUGGGCAGUUCCUUGCAGCAAGAUCCCUGUGCGUACAAUUUUUUCUUGAAACAACACCACCUAUAGAAACAGCAUCUAUGAAACUCACCAGCAGAGUCUUGGAUCACCCUUUGUAGAAAGGGGACUUUUCUUCAAUGGAGGACUUCUGGAAGGGUCUGUUAUGCAUUUACCAAUAUAGAAGAAGUAGUCUAUGCUCUUCACAGUCACGAGUUUUCACAAGUCCGUGAGCCAGCUCUCAGCCCUGUCAUGGUGUGCCCGAAAACCUGUGUUGCUUUGCCAUUAUGUUCUUCACUGUCUCCUUGGCACAUGCCCAGUUGGCAUUCAGUUGGAAACUCGCAUACCUUCCAGGGGUACAUUGCUGUGAACCUACCUCUUCAUUGUGAAUGACCGCCUUCCUUGUGCCCUAGAGGUUUGGCAUGUGGGAAACACGGACAGAGGCAUGGAGCUCUCCACUGUCAGCAUGGUGUCCCAGAUCCAGAUGUUGAUCUAAGGCUAGAUAGAGAUCAUGGAGCUGCCAAACAGAAGAGACAUGAGGUAAGCCAGACACAUAGAUGCUGCGGCCAUGCCUUGAAAACCGUCAGCUGGUGAGCAAGGUGUUACGGUGUGUGUAUUUGCUGAUGACAGAGAG